AAAACAAAAAAAAGAGUAUAUGGUAUUUACUGACCAAAUGGCAGAGAAUUCACAAAAAUAUCUCCGCUCCUAAUUUCUAAGUAUGACUUUUCAGGUGGUAACUCUGAUUACCUGAUGGAUGUCCCAGCAACUUUCUUCUUCUUCUGGAGGUGGUUCUGAAUGGUCAUUCUAGGACACAUUAAUUUGAUUCUGAAUGGUCAUUCCAGGACACAUUAAUUAAUGAACCAUAAAAAUAAACCCUGCAACUGGAAACGGGACGUGUAAAUUCAGCUGCCUGUCAGGAAUGUAAUCAGUCACCAUCACACUCUGUCCAGAGGAAAGAGCAGGCUAGAGUUGGGACUGGACUCGGGGCCUGGGUCCCAGGCAUGUAAGGGUUAUUUCCUCACCGACAUCCAGCCAGAGGGUUUGCCUUUGAGCCGUUCCAUUUGUUCACCUGGCUCCUGGAGAGACGUCAUUGCCUUCAUUAUGGGCUGCUCUGAGCUAGUGAUGAAGGAGUUAGCAGCGUGGCCUGGAGUGGCUCUCAGCAGACCGGUGCCAGCUGACACAUGCCACUUAGGUUUCCAAGGAGCCAAGCUGUACCCACUCACGCAAGGCUGAUGCACUUGUGGCUAAAUGCGGUGCCGCCAGGGCCCCCGGCCAGAUUCAGGGCAGGAAAUAGAAUGCCACCUCCAUCACCCGGGAAACAAUGGUCUGAGAGCAUGAUUUAAGUGGGGGCUAACGACGAAGCUCAAAGGCACAGUCAGCAGAGGAAGGGAGACUAGAAGUUGGCUUGCAUGGAUUUCGUCUUGGGUUAUAACCGUUGACAAGCCACUUAGCUGGCCCCAUGUUUAAGUUUAUCUGCAUAUAAGAUGGAGGUAACAAUAUUUACCCAUCUCACUGGGGACUUAUGAAAACAUUUCUGACAGCCCACUCAAGAUCCAUGGAUGGAAGGUGGUAUGCUGAUUCCUUCUGACUGUGCUUGGCAGGGAAUAAUUUUGACUAGGCAUGUGGGAAAGGAAGUGACGACAUAGAAAGCCUUCAACCGGGGGUACGAAUGCUGACCACAGACAGGAGAUCCUGGGAGCAAACCCACCAGCCGCCUGAGAGCUAAAGAAGACUUUCCUGAAGCCCAGGCCAGGAUUCCAUGCAGCUGUCCUGUCCCUCUCUGCUUCAGAGAGGCCAACUUGACUUUGGUUUUAUCCCCAAGCACAUUUCCUGGAUUCAUCCUGGCAGGACCGUGGCUGUCUCUCUGGGUGGCAGAGGAGACAAGCUGUAGACAUUUUUUCUAUGAAAGAACAGGCAGCCAGUACAGCAUCUUGGGGUUCCUGCCCUGUGGCCCCCCUCCUCAUCUCCUCAGCCCACUGUCAGAGCUGAGCCUGUGGGCAGAGACCAGCUUCACGAGAUACCCGCCCUUCUCAAACCCAGAGAGCAGGGUGGAGUGUUCCAGGGCCACUCAGGGCCACAGUUUGGCUCCCUGGUCUUGUCUCUAUCUCUGACCUACUCGUGUGAGCUUCAGAAAGUCCCUUCCCCUCUCUGGGUCUCAGAGACAAAGUGAGAAUGGAGAAUCACUCUACAAAGUGGCAAGACUGUGUGUUAUCAACCUGAGCUGAAAUUCCAGCUCCAUUAUUAUCUGGCUGUGUGGACUUGGGUGAGCCGCUUGUGUUCUCUAGAUCAAUCCCCAUCUGUAAAACGGGGAUGAUAAAUAGUCAUCUACCCAAUAGGGUUGGAGCAAGGUGUACGUAAGACAUCUGCAGCUUAAGUGCUUAGCAUGGUCAUGGUCAGGUUCAGAAAAGCAAGCUAAUCUCAAAAGCCCGAAGCUCUUUCUCUGAUUCCUGUCUGCCACGCCAGGCGAGGUGGGGCUCCUGGAGGGAAAGGCGUGUGUAUCUGCCCGUCUGUCUGUGUGUGUGUCUGUCUCUGCCCAUACAUGCCAGGGUGUGUGGAGGGCUUGGCCUCCCCCUGGGGAACUCUGGGAAGAUCUGUCCAGGGAGUCUCCCUGAGGGCAAUAGCGGAGUUGAAGCUUGGCAUCUUGUUCUGUAGAAGCCGCAGGUCCUGGCCCUCUCCCUCCCUGCGCCUGUCCCCCGCUUUAGGGGCUCUCAUUGUCUUUGCUGCUUCCUAAGUUUUACGUGAAGAGGCAACAGGUGGUCCCUCCCAGCCUGGAGAUAAGUCACCAGGUUCCCAGCCAGGAUGCAAGCAGUCCCCGUGAAGAAAGCCAUCCAUUCUGGGGCUCCUCCGGGCUCUGCUCUGUCCCGGAGAGCUGCUUGAAGCUGCAGGGAGUCCCAGCGCAUCUGGGCCCCUGCCCUAGGAUUCUGGCUUUUGAACUCAAGUCAGCUUUAUCCUAGGACUCCCUUUUUCUUUCCUCUCUCCUCGGACCACACGGUGUUUGUUUCACACUGGACACUCCGCUAAGUGAUGCAGGAAGUAGGCCCCCGGGGAGGCAGAUACCGCCCAGCAAAGCAGAUAACCGAGUGAAGCCUUGGAUGCCUCUGGGGCCCUGGGCAGGCUCAGAGAUAAGUGGAAAUGCCAGGCUUAUCUUCGGACUGAGUUCUAGAGAAGUCAUCCCGGCCGGCUGGCCCACCUCGUUCCUAGGGCUCCACGCAGUCGGGCAUCUCCAGGCAGAGUAAACACUGGGUUGGCACAGCCGCAGCAGCAGCAGCAGCAGCAGCAGGAUGGGGACUCUGUGCCCCCCUCUGACACUUCGCAGUCCCAGCACCAGAGGCCAGCAGCGGGCGUCGGAUUACACCCAGAUAUUUGCGAACAAAGAGCGAGUAGAAGAUAAAGGGGCAAAACCAAAGCACACACUGAGCACCAGAGGCGUGCAAGCCGAGCUCAGGGGGCCGUGGGAAGAGAGCCAGAAGGUGGACCUGCCAGAGGGGACAGUGGAGAGGCGGCCGCCCAUCAGUGCUCCAGGGGUAGGAUCUGGCCUCUGCACCCAGGCAGAGGCGUCACCAGGGCAGGGAGAUGGAGUUCCUGGCCCAGCGCAGGUGCCCUCAGAGGUGGAAGCCCAGGCUCCUGGGGCAGCCAGUGAGAGCCCCGGGACUGGCCUGGAAUUGUCUGCAGUGCCCAAAAGGGCCAGUGAAGCCCUCACCAACCAGGAGGCAGGUCAAGGAACAUCAUCCAGGAGGCCUGAUGCUCGGCCCUCAGAGGAGGGCAUGAGGCUGACUCCAGCACCACCAGGCCAGGUCAAGGCAGCUCACGGCAGCCGAGAAACACCUCCAAGGAUCUCCAUCCAUGUGCAGGAGACAGAUACCCCUGGGGAGCUGCUGGUGACACGAAGGGCCAGCCUCAGAACUACACCUCCUGCAGAGGCUCCAGCAGCUGCCCAUCCACGGGAGGACUCACCAGUGCCCAGGCGCUGCCCCCAGGCUCCUGGGACUGAGUCAGAAAAACAUAUUCUGAAAGGAGCCAGUGAGUUUUCCCCUCUGCAGAGGCAGAGCAGCGAUGGGGGAGCAAAGGCCAAGGAGAAGCAGGGGCCUGGGCCCAAGCCCACCAUGGCACCGGGCAAGGCCGGGUGGGACAAGGGAUCUGAUGCCAGGACCCCAGGCCCACAGCAGGGCACAGCCCCGGAAGCAGGAAACCUGGAGCCUGAGAAGGACUGCAUAGCUGGGGGCGCGGGCAGAGCUGAGGCAGGAAGAAGAACGCCCCCGGGGGCUGAGGCAGACAGCCUGGUUCUGGAUGAUAGCCCGGCCCCACCAGCCCCCUUCGAGCACCGGGUGGUGAGUGUCAGAGAGAGCCCAACCUCAGCGGGCUACACAGUGUGCCAGCACGAAGUCCUGGGAGGGGGCCGGUUUGGCCAGGUGCACAGAUGCACGGAGAAGGCCACGGGCCUCUCGCUGGCGGCCAAGAUCAUCAAAGUGAAGAGCGCCAAGGACCGGGAGGAUGUGAAGAAUGAGAUCAACAUCAUGAACCAGCUCAGCCACGUGAACCUGAUCCAGCUCUAUGACGCCUUUGAGAGCAAGAACAGCUUCACCCUGGUCAUGGAGUACGUGGAUGGCGGUGAGCUCUUUGACCGGAUCACAGAAGAGAAGUACCACCUGACUGAGCUGGAUGUGAUUCUGUUCACCAAGCAGAUCUGCGAGGGUGUGCACUACCUCCAUCAGCACUACGUCCUGCACUUGGACCUCAAGCCGGAGAACAUACUGUGUGUCAAUCAGACAGGUCACCAAAUUAAGAUCAUUGACUUCGGGCUGGCCAGAAGGUACAAGCCUCGGGAGAAGCUGAAAGUGAACUUCGGUACGCCGGAGUUCCUGGCUCCUGAAGUCGUCAAUUACGAGUUUGUCUCAUUCCCCACAGACAUGUGGAGUGUGGGAGUCAUCACCUACAUGCUACUCAGUGGUUUGUCCCCAUUUCUAGGGGAAACAGAUGCAGAGACCAUGAAUUUCAUUGUGAACUGUAACUGGGAUUUUGAUGCUGACACCUUUGAAGGACUGUCGGAAGAGGCCAAGGACUUUGUCUCCCGGUUGCUGAUCAAAGAGAAGAGCUGCAGAAUGAGUGCCACCCAGUGCCUGAAACAUGAGUGGUUGAAUAAUUUACCUGCCAAAGCUUCAAAAUCAAAAGUUCGUCUCAAAUCCCAACUAUUGCUGCAGAAAUACAUGGCUCAGAGGAAAUGGAAGAAACACUUCUAUGUGGUGACUGCUGCCAACAGGUUAAGAAAAUUUCCAACUUGUCCCUAAUCCUCAACUCUGCUGCUCCCAUGGGCCCAGAAAUUAUUGAGACUGGUGAUGAAGUUAUGGCUGAAGAUUUUUAAUAAUCUGAUCUUUCGCUAAUAAUCGUUGACUCCACUUGUUUUGUUAAAAAAAAAAAAGGUUAUGGCUGUUUUCUUCCUUGUGGAUAAGAAGUGGCUGUAAAGAAAGUGACCUAAGAACUUUUUUCUGCCUUAAAAUAUCAUUAAGUUGAAA